UUCGGUAGUCCAAUCGAAUCUAUGUAAUUUUGUUGAGGGCGGCGCAGCGCGCUCCAACAGAGAAUCCACCAUUACUGAUAUUUGACUUGGAACUUGGUAGUAAAGUAAAUUAUUUGUGCUCUAUAUAUCUUCUCAUACCACUCAUCCUCAGCAAUUCGAUUUCCAACUCCAGAAUGAAGAACUCACAGUACAUGCGAAUUGUAUUUUUGGCACUAUGUUUAUUCUACUGUUCAGCAGAGGCAGCAAGUUGUGGCGCUUCAUCAAAUGUUAAGGCUGCGUAUUGGCCGUCUUACACGGUCUCAUUCAUGCCGCCCGCCUCCAUCAACGCAGCGCUCUACUCUCACAUCCUUUACGCCUUUGCAGACAUGAACGAACAGACAUUCCAGGUGGAGGAGCAGGACCUGAUGGGUGAAUUCACCACAACAGUGCAACAGAAGAACCCAUGCGUAAAGACGCUCAUCUCCAUCGGAGGCGGGGGAUCCAACUCCACUGCCUUUGCUCUCAUGGCAACCAAUCCCAUCCGGCGUGCAGUCUUCAUAAAAUCAGCCAUCGCCCUCGCCAGACGCCACGCCUUUCACGGUCUCGACCUCGAUUGGGAGUUUCCCAGCAACACUACGGAAAUGGAGAAUUUGGGCAAAUUGUUCUCCGAGUGGAGACACGCCAUAAAUUUAGAGAGCAGAUCGUCGGGCCGCCCUCCGCUUCUCCUGAGCGCAGCAGUGUAUUAUGCGCACAGCUUUGUCGUAUACGGCGAGCACAGAAGCUACCCGUCGGCCUCCAUUGCCCAAAACCUCGACUGGGUAAACGUGAUGUGCUUCGACUAUCACGGCUCAUGGGACACUUCCGCCACGGGAGCCCACGCAGCGCUGUAUGACAGCAGCUCCAACAUUUCCACCAGUUAUGGGAUUUCAUCUUGGGUCGAGUCCGGAAUACCGCCCGAGAAAGUUGUAAUGGGGAUGCCGCUUUACGGGAAAUCGUGGGUGCUCAAGUCGCAAAACCAGACGGGCAUAGGAGCUCCCGCUGUAGCGGCUGGUCCCAAGCAAAAUCUCAGCGACGAAAGCGGUAUUAUGUUUUACUCGGAGAUCACAGACUUCAUACGGGACACCCAUGCGACCGAGGUGUUCGAUACGGAAAGUGUCUCAACUUACUGCUACGUUGGAGAGUUAUGGGUGGGUUAUGAUAACCAGGACUCCGUGGCUGCCAAGGUUAAAUUCGCUAAGCAGAAGGGCCUUUUGGGAUACUUUUUCUGGGCCAUUAGCCAAGACAGUAACUGGAUGUUGUCCACCACAGCGUCUCUGUCGUGGAACAAUUGAUCUUGGUUCGCCAUGAUGUGGGUGGGGACUAAGGAAUGACGAACAAAGGAGGAAUGGUUAUUCAUUGUAUAUAAUUUUCUUUGAUUAUGAAUAAGAUGUUACAGAAUAUAAAAGUUAAAUGUGACGGAUUCAGUAACACGCCGAGUUUGCAUAUUUUAUGGCAACUUCUUUCAGUGCCUACUGUUCUUAACCUGUAGUUAAUAGUUUUAUGUUGCGAUUGGAGUAGUUCUUUGGGAGCAUAAAAGCCAUUGUUUUAUGAAGAAUCCAGAACUUUUGCAGUUUUUAUUGCAGAAAAAUAAUGUUCUUGGAAUAUUUUCGAAAGAAAAUAGAGUUUUAGCACUACAAGGGAUAAAAGAUCUUGCAAAGGAAUUUUUUUAUUCUUUUUGAAGUAUGAGUCCUUCACUCAA